AUGCGAAACUUCUGAGUUCAAAGAUGCAUUAUUUUCGUAUUGAGUGGAGAGAAAGAGUGAGUUUGUCGGAUAAUAUACAUAAAAGUUCCUAAAAAGUAUUAAAAAACUACCUCGUAUAUUGUAUUAGGACGCCACGGUGUUCGUUUAAGGUUAACUGGAAUCGUAAAAAUCUAUCGUCAAAUCGAGCUAUUUCAUCAUCUAAUCUGUAUUGUACCGGUCCCUACCUAGUACAAGGCGGUAUGGAUCAAAGGGAGCUGCCUUCGGACAGUGACGAGAGUGAUGAAGAUUAUGUGCCUUCAGGAGCUGAAAGCAACCCACCUUCAGAAGAAGAAUCGGAUGAAAACGAAGAAGCCAAUGAUGACGCAAGUGAAGAGGAACCAGAAGAGAAGGGAAAACGAAAGAGAAGUUCCAAAAAGUUGAAAACCAAAUCUGCUAAAAGAUUGAGGAGAAAGAAAUUGGCUCCUGAAAAUGAUGAGAAAGAAGAAGUCAAAGAAACACUGGAAGAACAAAAUGUUUUGACUGAAGAAGAAGAAAAGAAAAAGGCAGACUCCUUGUGGUCUGAUUUCCUUAAAGAUACAGGGUCAGUUUCCAAAAACAAGAAUGAUGCUUCUCUUCCAAAUGGCAAGUCUGAUAGAGAAGCAACUGUUAUGAAGCAAGAGGAAAAUAGAGAGAGAGAGAAUAAAGUGACCAUAACAAAAGUGUAUGAGUUUGCUGGAGAAGAAGUAAAGGUUACAAAGGAGGUUCCAGUUGAUUCUGUAGAAGCAAAAACAGCAGCUACAAAGCCUCAUUCAACAUCUCUCUCUCCCGCGCCUGCAGCUGGAAGAGGCCAAGGAAAGGCAAGAGGUGGAUUGUCCUCAGUGCUGGGCAUGAUAGGUAACAAGAAACAGAAAUUGGGAACUCUUGAGAAGUCCAAGCUUGAUUGGGAUCGUUUUAAGAAAGCUGAAGGUAUUGAAGAAGAACUUCAAACGCACAAUCGUGGUCGUGAUGGGUACCUUGACAAACUGGAUUUCCUGCAGAGGACUGAUAUUAGGCAAUUUGAGUUGGAGAAACAACUGAGAACAUCACGGAGAAGUAAUAGAUGAGCAUUCUACUGUAUUUAGGUGCAAAAUCUGCAUGUGUGUGCAGUGGAAUGGACCAAAUUCUUUUCCACAAAGUUCUAUCAAAGGCUGGAAUUUUAUCUCUUUAAUCAUCAGUAAUGUCGGCUUCUCAUCCUGAGUCCUUAGAUGUUCCUUUCAAAUGGACAUAACUUGUAAAGGCUAAUGGGAAUUAAAUUUCUGGUGAGUGUCAUAAAAUUUGAAUCCAGUGGCAUAUUUUUGUGUAUCUUGAUUAUAUUGUACAACAUCGUUACCAUAUGCCACAGCUUUCAUAUAAUCCCAUCACCAUAGGACACUUGAUCUUCACGCUUAAUUAUUGUUCCAGUAUUAACACAGCUGUAGCUGUUACGACAUACAUGUACAUAUUUGUGAUUUAUUUACUAGAUGGUAUACAUUCCUUAUUAAGUAUUUACAUUUUGUAAGCAUUGUCUAAGUAACUGUCAAAACAGAUCACAAUGUAUCGUAUAAAUAAAACAGUAAGUAGACAUGCAGAACUGACUGACUAAUAAUUUCUUUGUCUAGUGAAUACUGUUUUUUCAUAAUAUAUGCCUUCCUCUUGCUUUAGCUGAAAAUGAGAGAGAAGGUGAACUGUAAAUGCUAAGAAACGAAGUAGCCUGUUUGGUUUCAUGCUGCACUGUAUCGCAGAAUGACUGAUGCUGUAUAGAUCUGUCAUGUUGAUGUUGUCAUGUAUUUUUCAUGGCUGUUAAUUGCAACAAAGUAAGGAAAGUUGUGUGGGUGAUUAUAUGUAUUUGCAGAAGGAGCUGUUUGAAAAUUUUACAACUAACUAUGGCCAUGUAAUUAUGCCACCUUCGACUGAAACCUUUUCUUUGCAAAACGAAUGGUUGAAUGUCUAGUGAAUGUGUAUAAUUGUCUUGGAAUUGUUCAGGUAAUUUAGUGUGAUGACAUGAUACUCUCACUGGUGUAUAAAUCUCCAAAAAUUCAGUUGCAGGGAAAAAGUUGAAUAUUUGGAGGCUUAUAUGUAAAUCUGAAGUAGCAACCUAAUUUGACUGCAUCAUUUGUUGCAGUGAGUGGACCUUUUAUCAAAAACAAAUUAUCAUCCAUCAAAAGUGCUUAGCAGUGCAUACUGUAACUCAAAGCAAUUAAUCUCAUUUCUUGCAUUGAUAGACUUCUGAAAGUUUGUAAUCUGAUAUGCGUAUCCAGAACAAAAAAAAAAUUUUUUUUUGAUGUAGUCAUUGACAUAUCUGAAUCCUACCUGUUACGAUUUUAAGCAGUU